AUCUAGCUGCAUGUACACACACAUAUAUAUAGCUGAAAAAACCUAUGCAUUCAUCGAACUUGAGUCUGUACUCUGUAUACUCCUCGUCUAGCUCAUUGUUCAGUUUAUAUACCCACACACACACACACACACACACACAGAGUGAGAUAGAAAAAUGGCUAAUGAUCAAUACAAGGAUUUAGAAAAUGGCAUUGAAAAGGGUGUUGAUGAUCUGCAAAAGCCAUUAAUUCAGCAAGCUAAAUGUGUGGUUUCUGAAGGAGAAAGUGGAAAAAAUGAUUCAAUUUGGAUGGUGCUUUUAAGUACUUUUGUAGCUGUUUGUGGCUCUUUUGAAUUUGGAGCAUGUGUGGGCUACUCAGCACCCACUCAAUCUGCCAUAAGACAUGACUUAAACUUAUCAAUAGCAGAGUACUCGAUGUUUGGGUCUAUAAUAACAAUUGGAGCUAUGAUUGGUGCAAUAACAAGUGGAAAAAUUGCUGAUCUCAUUGGUAGAAAAGGGGCAAUGAGAAUUUCAGCAGUUUUCUGCAUUACAGGAUGGCUUGCAGUCUAUUUCUCCAAGGGAACUUGGUCACUUGACAUGGGGAGAUUCUCCACAGGAUAUGGCAUAGGAAUUUUCUCAUUUGUGGUUCCAAUAUUUAUAGCUGAAAUAGCACCGAAGAAUCUUCGUGGAGGACUCGCAACACUUAAUCAACUCAUGAUUGUUUGUGGUGCAUCGACUGCAUACUUGCUUGGAACAGUCAUAACAUGGCGAACUUUGGCUCUUACUGGUUUUCUUCCGUGCAUUUUCCUGCUCGUGGGAUUGUUCUUUAUCCCUGAGUCUCCCCGAUGGCUGGCAAAAAUGGGACUUCAGAAAGAAUUUGAGCUGGCAUUACAUAAGCUUCGUGGCAGAGAUGCUGAUGUUUCUCAAGAAUCUGCUGAUAUUCAAGCUAGUAUUGACACUCUACAAUAUCUUCCUAAAGCUAGAAUCAUCGAUCUGUUCAAUAGGAAAUAUACGAGUGCUGUCAUUAUUGGUGUUGGAUUAAUGGUUUUCCAACAGUUUGGAGGAAUAAAUGGAAUUGGUUUCUAUGCAAGUGAAACGUUUGUGGCUGCAGGAUUUUCUUCAGGGAAACUUGGAACAAUUGCUUAUGCUAUAAUUCAGGUCCCAAUAACUGUAGUUGGAGCAAUAUUAAUGGAUAAAUUAGGAAGAAGACCACUUCUUAUGAUAUCAGCAUCAGGCACAUUUCUUGGGAGCUUCCUGGCUGGAGCAUCUUUCUUCCUUAAGGGCCAAGGCCUUCUGCUCGAAUGGGAUCCAGUAUUAGCUGUAUCGGGAGUACUGAUCUACAUAGCAUCAUUUUCAGUAGGAAUGGGACCAGUUCCUUGGGUCAUAAUGUCAGAGAUAUUCCCAAUUCACAUGAAAGGUUUAGCUGGGAGCCUGGUAGUACUAGUAAACUGGUUAGGUGCUUGGGCAGUUUCCUACACAUUCAACUUUCUCAUGAGCUGGAGUUCAACAGGAACAUUCAUGCUCUAUGCUGGAUUCUGUGCUCUUACAGUACUGUUCGUAGUGAAGAUAGUGCCCGAAACAAAAGGAAAAACUCUGGAGCAAAUCCAGGCCUCCAUCAACUCAUAGAAUGGAAUAAGCCAAAGAGAAACCAAAUUAUCAGUCUGAUAAAUCAGAAGCUAUGAUGUGAUUAUUUCUGCCUGAAGUAUCUCGUCUUCCUUUCAUUAUUCAAGUUCUCUACGCACGUCCCAAUCACUGCGAAGGGGGGACGGAUAAGGAUUCAGAAGUUAGGCUGAUAUUUUGAUGAAAUUAGCUUCGACAUGGAGAAAACUAGCAAAAUGCACCAUACAAUUGUGCCUGUAGCUGCAGGAAGUUGUUCCAAUCAAUACAGAUGGAUCUAAUAAAAAUAUAUGUACCUAUAUCUCUCAAAAACAGAUUAAUUGUUAUUGAUUUCAGUCGUUAUUGAGUUGUUUUUUGAAAAUUUUCAGUUGAUACAAUAAAUUAUGCAGAUUUCUUCUA